GCACGAUGGUGCAAGUCGGUUUAGCAGAGCCAGGCCGAGAUAUAUUCGCCCAGGGUAAUCAGAAGGAGAUCAAAAGUCAGGACACCGCUUCCGCACUGGUUGCGGAGGAGGACUUGAAGGAAGUGAGUGUGGUGAGCGCUGAGCCUUCGGCAGUUGUUGGUAGUGGUGAAGAGAAGACGAGAGAGGCGGGUGAAGUGGUGGGAGAGCCUGUGAAAGAGCCUGAUAGUCAGACUGCGAAAACGAUGGAGGGUGAAAAAGAUAAGCAGGAGGUGGAGGAGGCACACCGAAAACAACCUGAAGGACCUUUGGAUCAUGAGGAAGCUAUAGCUGAUCAAGUCGCACAUGAAUUGUAUCCCGAGGCACGAGAUGAGACAUAAUCGCGGUGUACAUAAUUUGUUUUCAGGGUGUGGAUAAUUUAAUUUACUGGCUUUC